AUGUUUCAGUAUUUACUUCUUGGUAUCAUACAAAUUUCCGGUUAUCAGAUGUCUGCCGUCAGGAUACAGAGUUUGAGCUGGGUGUGUCGGGGGGAGGGGAGGUUCCCCCACCCACUGGAGUGUGGAAGCUAUGUGGAGUGUGUUGGAUUGGGCGGCGGCCUCUUCCCCCGCCUUAACACCUGCCCAGGAGGGGCCUACAACCCUCACACAGGCAGGUGUACCGCCAGUGAACAGUGCCGAUGUUUCUUAACUGUUCCGGACGGGUCCGGCGGAUGGAAGCAGCAACAGGGCAUGUGCCCCAACCAACACCAGGUAUACAGUCAGGAGUUGGGAAGGUGCAGCGACCCCGACGCCAUCCCUCGGGAUGACCCUUGCAGCGCCAGAGACAAAGUCGUGUCUCAUUAUACUUGCACUUUUUGGCAGCUUCUUUUCGUUGUGUUCUUCCCGCACAAGAUAGCCACCAUCUGCUCCUCCCAAGGUUCACGCUCUUUGUUGCAUUCGUAGUGACACACACACACACACACCCUGGACACAUCUCCUGAGGAGCACAACCAAGUAACUGCUGCGGCAUACGGGCGACUGGUAAACCUAAGAACAGCAUUCCGACAUCUCAGUAGGAAGUCGUUCAGGACUCUGUACACCGCGUACAUCAGGUUCAUAUUGGAGUAUGCAGCACCAGUUUGGAGCCACACCUGGCCAAGCACGUCAGGAGAUAAUGUCCCGGAGUUAAGGGGCAUGUCUUACGAGGAGAGGUUAAGGGAAAUCGACCUGGCGACACUGGAGGACAGGAGGGACAUGAUAACAAUAUAUAAAAUACUGAGAGGAAUCGACAAGGUGGACAGGGACAGGAUGUUUCAGAAACUGGACACACCAACAAUGGGUCACAAUUGGAAGUUGAAGAAUCAGAUGAGUCACAGGGAUGUCAGGAAGGAUUUCUUCAGUCACAGAGUUGUCAGUUAGUUUAAUAUGUUUAUUAUGCACCCCAUACCCAUCCUGUGGGCGGUAGUCAAAAGAUUACAGAGGUACAUAAUUGGUCCAGGGACUGGACUCCAAAGUUUUGAUAGCUGAGCAAGUUACAGAGGUAAUGAAUUCACAAUUUACAAAGGUAAUGAACUCACAAUUUACAAAGGUAAUGAACUCCAGGUAGGUCUAGUCACAAUCAUGACAAGUUACAAAGGUAUUUACAGAUUACAGAGGUACGUAAUGGGUCCAGGGACUGGGCUCCCAAAGUUGUGAUGGCUGAACUAGGUACAAGGUAAUGAACUCACAAGUUACAAAGGUAAUGAAUCCUGUAAGAAUGGUUACUUACGUUUAUACAUGGCUACAAUCAUGAACAAAUUAUAGUGUAAUGAGCAAUUCACACCCGGUCACAACUGUAGUGAGUUAUUGGUGCAAAUAUUGAUUGUUGAGACACACACACACACACAUAUAUACAAAUUCAUACACACACACAUAAACACACACACACACACAUACACAAACUCAUACACACACGCACACACAUCACACACACACACACACUCAUACACACACACACUCAUACACACACACUCAUAUGCACUCAUACACAUACACACGCACACACAAACACACACACACACAGGAGCUUGGACUCGACCCCUGCAAUCUCAACUAGGUGAGUGCACACACACACACACACACACACACACACACACACACACACAUGUGGUAAUGCUUUAUUUACAGCUAGCAAAGUCAGGGUAUUUCUCCAGAAUGGUCUGCAAUAUACCACUGUGGAUAAAGUACUUUGCCAUUUCUUGAACAUUUCUGAGCGAGUUGUUUCUAAAUUCAUUAAUUUGAUCACACUCCAGUACAUAAUGACGCAGGGUGUGACAAUAGUCCAUCUGGCAAAGUUUACAUUUCGUUUGGUCUACAUCUGGUGGUGGUGAUUUAACCUGCCAAAGAUACUUGUAACCCAGCCGGAGCCGGGCAGUAGUGACAUCCAAGAGUCUGCUUAUUUUGUUGGAUGCACCAUAGACAUGUCAGGAAGUGGAAUAGUCUGGAAAGGGAGGUGGUUUACCUGGAGAGAGUUCCGGGGGUCAACGCCCCCGCGGCCCGGUCUGUGACCAGGCCUCCUUAGGUCAGUGUCCCAGGAUGCGACCCACACCAGUCGACUAACACCCAGGUACCCAUUUUACUGAUGGGGAACAUAGACAACAGGUUGAAAGAAACACGUCCAAUGUUUCUACUCUGGCUGGGAAUCGAACCCAGGCCCUCACCGUGUGAAGCGAGAGCGUUAACCACCA